ACGCAAAUUCCAACCAGGCUCUCUUACUCAAACCCACAUAUGCGAACUGCGUACUUUAUUUUUGUCGGCGCCCUUCUAGGCGUCUCCUACGCCAAACAUCACCAUGCUGCUCGAGCGCCAAUAAUCAAUCUGCAAGGAGCCGAAGAGCUUGUGGCUGUCGUGCGAGAAGAUGAGAACAUUAUCUCGACCGUGCCGGAUUUUGCAAUCCUCUCUGAAACCGGGCCAGUAUGCAACUACCUCCUUACAUCACAGAACAAUGAGCCAGUGCCAUUCGACAUCCAGGUUGUUGAUAAGUACACUGGAGCAGCUGUACUUCGAGUUAAGGAUGCUGCCACACUAGACUGCAAGAAGCCAGAAUACAAUCUUCAAGUUCAAGCUGUGAAAUGCGAUAACGACAAUGUGAAGAGUGAAGGAGUGUCUCUGAAGAUCCGUGUCAAGGACACCAACAAUCAUGCUCCAGAAAUCGAAAACCCUUGGUACACAUUCCACGUGGAAGAGGGAAAAGUUGUUGAGGAAGUUGGAGUACUGAAGGCAUCUGACAAAGACUGUGGACAUCCAAACGGAGAAAUCUGUGAAUAUGAGAUCACAAAUGGACUUAAGGAACUUCCGUUCGCCAUUAACAAUCAUGGAGUCCUUCGUACAACUCAGCCACUCAACUUUACUCAAUCAAAAUCAUACAUUCUCACUGUAGUCGCUAUUGACUGCGCAAUGAGGAAAAGCAAAAGUUCUCUGGUCACUGUUCACGUUGAUGAGAAAUGUGUUCAAGGAAUCACUGCAAUGAAUGAGCGUGUCAACUAUGCUCCAGGAGUUGGAUCAAAGCUUCUCCUCCCAGACGUAUCUCUUGAAUUCUGUGAAAAGGAAACAAUUUGUGAACCAAAGAGUGUGCAGUCAGUCAUUGAACUUCGUGCUGGACACGUUACUCAAGGUUGUGCAAGAGACACUGUCUAUGAUAAUCAGACAAUUCAAUCUUGUGGACUUUCAACUGCUACUGUCAAAUUGCUGAACGAAGAAGCCCUUACCAGCUCGGCUGAGAAUCAGAUUCUUGCUGAUCAAGGAAUUGAGUUUGAUGGAGCCAGAGGAGUGACUGUCUCUGAUGAAAAUCAUCAAGGACUCAUUCCGGAUCACUUCACAUUGAGCUUCUCCAUGAAACAUGCUGCAGGAACUAAGGACGAGCAAAGUAACAAGCAGAACAUUCUUUGCGAAAGUGAUGAUUUCAACAUGAACCGUCAUCACUUCUCUGUCUACAUUCGUCACUGCAAAUUGGAGGUUGUUCUCCGCCGUGAAGCUGGAGCCACUUCAGACUUCCGUGCUGCUGAAUGGCGUUGGUCAAUGCCAGAAGUAUGCGAUAAUGAGUGGCAUUCAUAUUCACUUCUCUUCAAUGGCAUCGAUGAUGUUAAUGUUAUCGUCGAUGGAAAGAGCUUUAAGGCUGACGAACGAAAUCCUGAAAUCCUCGACGAUUGGCCGCUUCACAAGACCAAGGCAACAAAGACCAAACUUGUUGUAGGAGCGUGCUGGCACGGACGGCAACAGAAACUUGCACAGUUCUUCCGUGGACAACUUUCCUCUCUUUAUCUUCUCUCUGGAGCUGUUGAAAGUGAACGUGCAAUAAAAUGCGCUCAUACUUGCCCAGAACAACUUCAGUUCACCGGAGUUGAUGAGCUUCUUGAAAGCCAAAGUGCAACAUUCUCUCCAGAUCAAACCUCUCUUACAUUGAAGGCUGAAACAUCAAAGCAAAUUGGUCAAAUGCUCAAGAGAGUUGCCUAUGUUAACACUCAAGAGAAACCAGCUCCAGGACACCGUGUUUUCCUUGUUGAGACUGAGGUUACUUGCAAACAAGAUGACAAGAAGAUGAAGCUACCAUCCAGCAAAGGAUACGUUUUUGUUCAACAAGCCGCUGAACCAACUCUUUCAAUCUCUGCUUCGUCUCAACUCAAAAGUAAUCAACACAUGGUUAAGGUUGGACAAGCUAUGGUUCCAGAUCUCACCAUAACCAUCAGCCAAAACAAUGCUGACGGAGAACUCGAAGAUGUCACCCAAUCCCACAAGAUUGAUUACUGUAAGAUGCAUUUGCAACCAGCACGUGAUAUGGAUGUAGAGUACUUCUCAUCACCGGCUUCACUCAUUGCAGCUCUUAACAUUGAGUUUGAGCAUGACAAAGACGGCAUCCUUCUUCGCGGAGAGGAAAGCGCUCAAGGGUACAAGGAAGUGCUCUCGAAGGUUCAUUAUUUCAACACUCGACCAGAAUCAUACGCCAAACGUGUCUACACCGUCCAGUGUGCCAUGCUCAAGGGCCGAGUACUCAGCAAUCAGUUGUUUGUCACGAUGACCAUCGACGGAGUCACCACUACCACAUCCACGACAACGGAAGCUCCAGCUCCAGCUCAACCAGAUCCGAUUCAAUUUAACUUUAAUUCUGGAGAGACUGCUCUUGAUAGUUUGGAACUUAUUGAGCGUCACUUCGAGCCAGCUUUCGAUCAACUUGGAAGCUCUAGACUUCAGAACAUUCUGGAAAUGGACCUCCCGCGUCCGAAAGCACUGCUCUCUCAUCACGGAUACGAUGUCGGACAAGGCGCGAUCGCUGGUGGCGCCGUCGCCGUCGUCGUCGUUGUUUGCGUCGGUUUCCUGUUAGUGUUGCUCGUCAUCGGAGUGCUCAAAAUGCGAGACACCCCAAUGCCACGACGACGAAGGCAGAAGAGACAGAGUGACGGAGGAAUGCAUUGGGACGAUAGUGGCAUGAACAUCACAGUCAAUCCAUUGGAUGACGUUGAAAAGAACGGUGGUGCAAUUGAUGAGUUCAGUGAUGAGGAAGAAGAAGAGGAAACCGAUGGAGAAAGUGAAUGCUCGUAUCGAGACGAAGAAGAUGAUGUGUCAGAAGAUGAAGAAGAUCAAACAGAAGUUCUUCCACAUUUGGAUGCAAAUCAACGUGUCGUUGGAGGUCUUGAGUGGGACGACGAAGACGCCAUCUCAACGAACGCUCGUUCUUAUCGUGUCUAACUCGUGUUACUUUUUUCUUCUAUUUUUAAGUUAUGAUCAUCCUUCAAUAUUCUCAUUUUAUUCAUUUUAGUCACCUCCUUCUUCAUCCAUUCUCAUCGAUCUCUUCAUUUUCCAAAACUUCCUCUCUCUCUCAACAUUCAUGACUCCCUCCCUAACUCUGUUUUACUGAUAUUUUGUACAUUUUGAGCUGAAAAAAUGUUCUCCCACCCUGUUGAUUACAUCACAUAUACUGAUAAUAGUGAAUACUCUCCAAGAAAGAAUUCAUUUAAAACAUAAUAAUUGAUAAUAACUUUAUUAUAUAUUUCUUCAAAAAAAGUAACAAAAAUUCCCCCAAAAAUUAUCUUCGUCUUCAUACUGUCCUUUUCACUCCUUCCCCGUUCCUCUCUUUAGUCUCUUCCCUUUUUACAGUUUUCUUUUCAUCUCAAACAAUAAAAUAUGACCGUCCAAA